GCAACGGACCAGAUUUGUUAGGCCGGGAUUGGUUUCCAAAUUUGGGUAUAGGCAUUCAUGGUAUUAAUAACGUACGGAUAGAAGAUGCAGGUAUAGAUACGUUAUUGGGAGAAUAUGAAGAAGUUUUCCAGUCUGGUUUAGGAAAAUACACCGGGCCAGUAGUAACCAUACCUCUGAAACCUGAUGCGAAACCAAAAUUUUUGAAAUGUAGGCCCGUGGCAUUUGCAAUUAAAGAAAGAGUUUUACAAGAAAUUGACAGAUUGGUUGAAGAAGAUGUGUUGGAACCUGUGAGCCAUUCGGAGUUUGCCAGCCCAAUAGUUCCAAUUAUUAAGAAGAACGGGAAAGUCAGACUUUGUGGGGAUUACAGAGCGACAGUGAAUAUGGCUACUGAGACUGAUACUUAUCCUCUGCCAACGUUGAACGAAGCUUUUGCAGUGUUGCAAGGUGGGGUAAUAUUCAGUAAGAUAGAUUUGGAGCAAGCUUACACCCAGGUGGUUGUAGAUGAACCUACUUCAAAAUUGCUAACAUUGAAUACUCCUAAAGGUCUAUUUAGAUGUAAGAGGUUAGCGUUCGGGGUUAAAGCCUGCCCUGGGAUAUUUCAGCGCAUGAUGAGCAACUUAUUGGCGAGGGUAUCGGGAACAGCGGUGCUGUUAGAUGAUAUUGUGGUCACUGGUCGCACAAUACAGGAGCACAGGGAUAGACUUCAACGCAUCUUACAAAUCCUGAAGGAAGCAGGGUUGAGAGUCAACAAGGAGAAGUGCAAGUUUGGGAAGGCAAGUGUAGAGUUUCUGGGACACAUGAUUGAUGCUAAUGGGUUGCAUCCUUGUGGAGACAAAAUAAAGGCUAUAAUGGAGACACCAGCGCCAAGGAAUGUAAAGGAGUUGCAAGCUUUUCUUGGAUUACUGAAUUUUUAUGACAGAUUUCUAGCACAAAAAGCAACAGUAGCGGAACCACUGUACAAGUUACUGUUGAAAGGAGCCAAGUGGGUAUGGUCUCCAAAUUGCCAACAAGCAUUUAGUCUCUUAAAAAGAAUGCUGACUGCGGGGGAUACAUUAGUGCAUUAUGAUUUAAAGAAACCAGUGGUUAUUACAUGUGACGCCUCGCAGUACGGUUUGGGUGCGGUUCUGGAACACAGGAUGGAGGAUGGCUCCCUGAGGCCAAUCAUGUUUGCUUCCAGGACGAUGAGCUCUCAUGAGCGAAAUUAUUCGCAGAUUGACAAAGAGGCUGCGGCAAUUAUUUUUGCGGUACAGAAAUUUUACGCAUAUAUCUUUGGCCGUAAGGUUGUCAUACAGACGGAUCAUAAACCGCUUUUGGGUAUAUUUGAUCCGAAGAAGCCGAUACCUAAUGUGAUUUCACCCAGGAUGUUGAGAUGGGCACUAUUGCUAAACUCAUACGAUUACGAGUUAAAAUAUGUUGAAGGGAAAAAAAUAGGGAAUGCUGAUGCACUAAGUAGAUGGCCCGCACCUGAAAGUACUGAAAAAGAAGAAGAACUGCAAGAGGUAAAUGUUUUGUUCCUCAAUGAGACACCAGUUGAAUUACAGAUGACAGCUAAAGAGGUAGCUAAGUUGAGUAAAACUGAUGGUGUGUUAGCAAAGGUGAUGUUCUGGAUUAGGAAUGGGUGGCCAAGUACAGUUGAAGAGAAAUAUAGAGACUUUCAUGUAAGGAGAGAUGAAUUAACAGAAUACAAGGACUGUAUAUUGUGGGGAGGUAGAGUAAUUGUGCCUCUGAAACUGCGUGAAAGUGUUCUGAAAGAGCUGCACAGCAAUCAUGAUGGCAUAGUCAUCACCAAAGCAAUAGCAAGAAGUUAUUUCUGGUGGCCAGGACUUGACAGAGAUAUAGAGAGUUUGAUACAGAAUUGCCAAACUUGUAAAGAAGUAAGGAAUAUGCCAGCCAAGGUGACUCAUAGAUGGAUUACGCCACCAAAGGCUUGGUCUAGGUUGCAUAUUGAUUUUGCAGGACCUUUCAUGGGCAAAGUCUUCUUGGUACUAAUUGACUCUUACUCAAAAUGGCCAGAAGUCAAAAUAGUUAGUGACCAGAGUUCAAGUAUGGUAAUUAAUAAGCUAGAUGAGAUAUUUGCUGAACAAGGGCUGCCAGACACAAUAGUGAGUGACAACGGGAAAGCGUUUGCAUCAGAAGAGAUAUGUCAGUAUUUUAAAAAUAAUGGUAUUAGACACAUACUAGUACCUCCAUAUCAUCCAGCUUCUAACGGCCAGGCAGAGAGAACGGUACAGACCUUGAAAUUAAAGUUAAAGAAGAUGUCACAUAUCCCAUGGGCAACCAGGUUGCAUAAGAUAUUGUAUGGGUUGCGGACUACACCUAGCUCUGUCACCGGUAAGACACCUGCAGAACUCCUCAACAAUAGACGUUUUCGGACUAACUUUGAUAGGCUUCACCCCUUUCUAUUCAAGAAAAGGAGACUGAAGAUAUCCAGGAAAAUGAAACAAAACGAGUGAGAGAGUUCAGAGUGGGAGAGACAGUCUGUUUCAGGAACUAUAGAAAGGGGCCUAGAUGGUUAGAAGGAAUAAUAGUGAAAAGGAUUGGAGUGUUAAGAUAUAAAAUUAAACAAGAAAAAAAAAUAUUCAUUAGACAUGUUAACCAGAUGCUAGGUUUUACUAGGAGUGAAAGAGAAGAAGAAAUACAGACUGAUGUAGGAAUGCAAUCGUCAAGUAAGGGUAAAGAAUCAAAACAAGUGGAAGAAGGGGGAGACGAUGAGGGAUUUGGCACAAUAAGAAUUCCCCCGCCGAGCCAGUGGGCAGAGAUGAUUGGGGUUAAAGGUCCAGAAGAGUGUGUAGUUCGGGAUUCCAAUGAUUCAGUGUCAAGAAAUGAACUGAUCAGUAACAAACGACCCCGGUC